AUAUUUCUAGAAUUGUUUCAUAAUGUACAUAUUUAUUUUGGACAAGUCAUAGUUGAUUCUUGUUAACAAGGGUGGGCAAUAUAACCAAGGCAGCUAUAUGUGACAAUAGAGCUGAGAAUGUGUACACAAGUACCCUUUCUGCUCCCACAGUAUAUUGGUUUAGAAACUGCCCUCAUAAAUGUAUAUGGAGUGUAACCAAAGAUCAGGGAUUGAUGUGAAAAUACACACUCUUUGAAAAGUGCUUUAUUUGAAAUACAUGUCUGAUAUCAGAGUUACAGUGAAAAUACAACACUUAAUAUCAUACCUGUCAAAAUAGUUUGGAUUAUAUUAUUGUGAAGGACAUUUCGGGUGAAGAUUUAAACAAAAUCAACCAAAGCACAGAGUUCCGACAUAAAAACGCAAUGAAUCAACAAAUCAAGUAUCAGAACAUAUAUCUGCCCGUCUUACAUCGUCAACCUAUCAAGAACAGAUCACCUCAUGGGACAAUGAUUAUUUUGACCAAUCGAGUUCACAGAGCACCCAAUGUGCCUGUAACAAAUCCAAGAUGGACCUGCAGUAAGCUGUAACAAAAUACCAUCCAUUCCUGGUGAACUUUGAGAGCUGCUGCAUACCAAGCCAGGAUUAAUCGAGUUCCUUUCAUCCCCAGAGAAAAUGAACAUGCACUAUGGGAAAAAUACAUGCCUGCAUUGCUCAUGCCGGCAAUUCAAGGCUGAAGUGUCACCAAGUGUAAAGAAAUAAUCAUAGAACUUGAAUCUUAUUCAAUAAAGGGUGGCAGGUGGUGUGGUCCUAGUAAGGUGUUAAUGAGUUGUUCCUUAAUAGUACGGUGCUUGGUUACAUAAGAGAUAUCAGAAUAUACACCAGACGUGUGUGCAAAUGAAGCAUGAGGGCAUACUGAAGAGUCAAUAUUAUUCUUUGGAUUACCAGAAAAUUGUGUAAACAUUAGUGUAUAUCAUAACUGCAUCACCUAGAACAGACUAUAUGACAUUGCAGUAUAAUCUCUAGACUUAAUUAUUCACCAGAAACGUACUUUAGACUGGUACCAAACUAGUAAAACUUCAAAUUAAUUACAUUAUGACCACAUAAACAGUAGGUCAGAAUUGUAAUGUACUUCCAUACUGACAACACAAACAGACUGGUUUACUAAUUAUGCUAAUCUCUUCCAAAAUCGCAUUGCUUUACCAGUCAGUGAAUCCAGAUGGCAAGCAGGUAGUCAGAUGAACCUACCUUUCUUGAGAUACAGGAGUGCUGGCGUGAUACUGGCUGCCACUUCAGGUGUGAAAGUCAAUUUCUAGCAUUACUCUCUGGUGUAACGAAGUUCAUGACAAUCGCUUAAAGGCUGUUAGGAACACUUACUGGAAUUAAAUUUAAAUCAAUAAGUCUUAUUCAAAGUAUGCAGGUUUACUCUUGCCUUGAUCUGAGAGUAGAAUAUUUCUGAACAGUGGAAUACUAUUUACAUGAGUGGUGGAUAUUUAAACAUUAACAUGCAAAGUUAUUGAUAUUAAUGGAUUUUCGUAAAGAAUGGAUUUCAUCUUGCCAAGCUACUCAUAAAAUAGUUUUUAUGUGGUUGGUGAGAGAAAACAAGAAUGAAAAUCAGGCUCAGACGAAAAUUGAGACUAUUUAUAGUGACAGGAACAGUGCUUUUGGGGUUUUCAUAUAUGGUGUUGUGUUUUGUUGCUAUAGAAUCCCAGCCUACCAUUAUAGAACGAAAUGUUGGAGAAUAUGAUACAGACAUAAUGGGAAAACCUAGACGCCCAAAAAUGACAAAUUUGGAGUUUGACAAAAGUGGAAAUAAAUUGAAAAAUGACAAACAUAUCUUGUAUGCUAAUAGAAGUAUUACAGGAGAUAUGGGGAUUGGCAAUUCACACUUGCUGAAAACCGCUAGUUUACGUGAAAUGAAAGGAAAAGAAGAUCAUGCAAGUGAGAAUGAUGCUGAAAAUGAGAUCUAUCAAGAUGAAGAGGAAGAAAUUGAGGAUGAGGAGGAUGCCAAUAGUGAUGAUGAGAAAGGGGUUAAUAAAGAAUUUGAUAACAAAUUUAAUAAGGUGUACAAUCCAGAAAACCAACCAAACCAAAAUCCAGUUUUUAAACCAGGUGAUUUUGGAGAUAUUCAUGGACUUGAAUUCUUUACAAAGCCAAAGUUAAAAUAUGAAGAAGUCAAAGAUGAAGAAGCGCAUAAAUUGAUCUCAAGUCAAAAGCAAGUCAAGCCAACAAAAUCAACCUCACUCACUAAUGGCAUAUUCUGGACAGAUUUUGUGGAAUCCAUUGUUCCAAAAGGUCAAGACUACAAAGAUGCUCAUCACCUGUUGCACACAGUGCGCCGACAAAAGAUCAUGACCCUGGAGAAACCGAAAUGGAACAGGUGUGGACGCCCACAGAAUGGCUUCCUAGUCCUUGACGAUGGCACAGAGAUGUGUGCCAGGUACAGGCAUCCACAUGACUGCUUUGUCUAUGGAGAGUCACUGUCAUUUUUCCUGUCUCGUUUGUUGCACAUGGACAGCGUACCUGCUGUAGUUCUGGCACGAACCAACUCCACCUCUAAGCUGUGGAAAGCUGUAAACAUACGCUCCCUCGACUGGCAGGAGAACAGAACGGUGGCACUCAUCCAGUGGGUUGACAAUAUCAACAACCGAGGUUCCAAGUCGUACAUGCCACGACUGAUUCUCGAGGCCUUCAGGACUGGCAAGCCCGUGACUGGCUGGGAGAUAGAACAGUUAAAGGAUCUCUAUAAAAACCCGUACCAGCUGACUGAUAUCGUCCAAUGGGGAACAAUGAUCAUCUUCGACUAUUUAACUGCAAACUAUGACAGGGUUGCAAGCAUGCAGGAUGCUGCAGAAAAGGAGAGCAAACCCAGCAUUUUGGAGGAGUCAAUACGGAACCUUCAUAAAUCACUCACAGACAAUAAACUCUGGCUCAUUGACAAUGAAAGUGGCCUUCUCGACGCUUACACCCUGCUAGAACCUUCUAAUAAUUCCUCACGCUUUUUUGCAUUCCAUGAUCAAAUGUUAAAAACAAUGUGUGUUUUCCAGUCAUCUUUAGUGAGUUCUUUGGAACAACUGAGCAAGUAUACACAGCCUUAUGUGCGUCUUAUUGAGUAUGCACAGUCUCUAGAACCUUUGCUACAACAUCUACAAAAUGAUCCCAAUUUUCCACUGUUUACAAAAUUGUUCAACUUGAGACUAAAAGAUGUGAUAUUAUGGAUAAGGCACUGUAAGACAAAAUAUUCGUGAAAUCAUUAGAGACAGUUAUUCUGUAAGACGAAUAAUGCAAACAUGAAAACAAAAUACACUUAUCAGAUCAUAGAUCUCAUAGGAAACAUUUAUUACAAAUACACUUAGUACAUUUAGUACACUUUUAUCUGUGAUACAAGCGAAUGUGCAUAUUCCAGGCUUUUCCCCAGGUCCUUUAAGAAAGUGACACCCUUGUGCAUGAAUCAGGGGUACCCUUGUGUCUGAAUUCCCAAACAAGGGUAUCCCUGUGCUUUAAUAUCAAUUCUGAAACAACCCUGUACCUAAAUUUCCUGAUAUUAGCUAUUUGUGCCUGUUUAAGCACUGGAAAAUGUAGAAAUAAAAUGAUAGGAUGCAUCAAAUUAAGAAAGAAAAAAAAACUAAGACAAUUUCCAACUGUGGGUAGAUUCCCCUGUACCUAAACUAAAUCCUGGAGAAGGGCCUGAUAUUUGUGUUACAAAAUGUAUGUCUUUGAAAGCUGAUGCCAUUUAUAAUUCACUAUACUGUAACUCCAAUAUAACGCAGAUGACAAGGGUCCAAGGCAUGCCACCGCGUAAUAAACGGACAUGAUGUCAUAAAUUUUGAGCUCAUUUAUUGCAGGUGGGCUAGUAUAAAUACAGGUAUAGUAUAUCCCAUACUUAAGGUCCUGUUUAUUGCUAUGCUGUGUUGUCCUUCACCAAUACAUGCAUAUAAACCGAAUCAUUCAAUAACUCUAUACAUACUGCUUUUCUAAUAAACACAUUUAUCCGACAAUCCAAUAUAAUUACAACAUGACGACCAUAAAUAUGCUUAAGAAUUUCGUAAACAAAACCAUAUGCAGACGAGCAAAUUUAAAUUAAGAUUGAAUGCAAUGCAAUACAUUAUUGUACAAAGAAAUGUUUUAUUGCAUCAUACGCAGUCAUGAAAAAAAACGUGCUUCCCGGGUUCUUUCUAAUACCAGACAAAAAUCUAGGUGAAUUUCUAUUAAUGAAAUUUAUUUGUUUGACUGCUGAAAAAUUUGGUCAUCUUUGCUUGCACGAAUUUCUUGCUGCCGUUCAUGCAAGGGUGAUAAUGUUGCGGAGAUGACACGACUGCGUCUAUGUUCAGCUCUGAUCUAUGGAAGAUGCUGACACACGAGUUUUUCACACCUUUAUUGUCAUUACACAACAGAUUAACAUCAAUUAGCUGUUGAGUGUUGUUUAACCUCUAAGCAAUUAAAAUUGGUUUAACGGAUGGUUGAACAAAGCAAUCAAGCUGUGAUCGCUACCAUCUUUAAAUUUUCUGAAAAUAAAUGUGUUAUAACAUGGAUUUGAAUUAGAAACGGAAGGUUGGAGAAAAAACAGGAUCCAUGCACCGCCCGCAUUAUAUUGGAUACAGCGUUAUAACGGAGCGCAUUAUAUUGGAAUUACAGUGUAUAGAAUUGGAAGUAUUGUGUAAAAGUAAAGGACCAAUAGAUUUAUUUUGCUUUAUGAGUAAUUCCUAUAAAAAUGCAUUAAUUCAAUGUCUGCCAUUAUAUUUGCCACCACCCAACCAGUAUUGUUAUUGAUAUUCUGUUGACUUCUUCAGUGCUUUAAAUUGUUUAAUACCAUUUGAUGUUACGCUUGUUUUCUGAUGUGCAAUAAUUGAACCUCGCUCCGGGAAAAUGAAGCCUAAUUCAUGUGUGUAAAGUGUUGUCUUAGAUUAGCCUGUGUAGUCUGCAUACAGUAAUCAAAGACUUUUUCAAUCUAAACUGGAUGUUAGCUCAGAAGAGACGUUCUUAAAACACAAAAUUCUAUAAAACCAGAAACACAGAUCUGCAUUAGGCUUUGUUUUCCAAGAGCAAGGCUAUAUUUUAUCAAUUGAGUCACGUUCUGAGACAACUGGGCAUAAUGCGUAUGCGUUAAGUGUUGUCCCAGAAUAGCCUGUGCAGUCCGCACAGGCUAAUCAGGGACGACACUUUCCGCCUAAAUUGGAUUUGUGCUAAGAAGAGACUUCAUUUAAACGAAAAAUGUCUUAAAAGCGGAAAGUGUCAUCCCUGAUUAGCCUGUGCGGAUUGCACAGGCUAAUCUAGGACGACACUUUACGCACAUGCAUUAUGCCCAGUUUUCUCAGAACACGAUUCAUUUAUACAGACCAUAAUUAUUAAUAAAAUAGUAACAAAUCA